AUGGCCCACGUGUGCAAGUAUACUCACGAGAACGGUUGUCGAUUGAAUGAAAUUCGCAGUCUCAUCCAGACGCUGGGAAGAAUAUGUGUCGGAGACAAAGAUGUAGAGCUCUGGGAAAGCCAACAGCACCAGCUGCGGCAAAUACUCAUUACACCCUGCCCCUUCAACAUGCACAUCAGCCUCUUCAAGUCUUGUUGCUCCGAAGGAGCGGAAGAACCAAUUCUGAUGUUCGCAGUCACCGAGAAAUGUUCGGCGAGUAUGCUUGAAUAUCUCCUCCAGAACAUGGAAUUCGAUCACGAUGUUCCGGGCCAUAGAAUCAAGGAUUUCUCGGAGCACAUCUUCGACUUGAUCUUCCAGCGUCUUUGGGUCGACGAAUGCGAGAACGAAGGGCUCAGCCUAGACGGGAAACGCUGCAUCGAGAUGCUUCUACGAUCUUGGACAGGGAAUCACUAUACCAAGACAUGUUUCCGCGGCAAGGAGCACCGGUUGCUGUGGACCAUCUGCGGCAGAGCGGCCAGUGUGAAGCACAAGUUCCGGAUGGGAGGCAAGCUCUACGAAAGAUCGAUCCACAUUAAUGCCCUGGUGGAAUUAGUCGAGUGUAUCAUCGACAUCUACCACGAGCACAAUGACCAAGACGUGGCUCUUCCCCCAGGUUUCUGGCUCGAGGUGGCGCGGGCUCUCUGGAGUCACAACGGGGCUUCUACGGGCACAAUGGACCGCGUCACGCCAGUGACGUGCAAGCUCUUGGAUCUCGAGGCGUCCAUCAAGAUGCCCGACGCAACUCUUCCCACGUUCUCGCCGCUCAUGGGCCAGUCGUGCGGAAAUCCCGCUCAGUGGCUGGCACAGUGCAUCAUCAGGCUGAACCCAAAGGACCUCGGUUUGAGUCGGUUAGCCAAAGCACCCCCGGAGACCUUGGUUGAAGACUUGAAGAUACGCGGCGAUAAUGUUCGGCGGCUUCAGCAAGCGAUUAAGUCAUUUCAGACUUCAUUGUCACGCUCACGGCAUCGUUGCAGCUUUCACGGUCCGCAAGCCUCCCGCAAGGGCAAGGCAAAUGAGAUCGCCGUGCCUCAACAAGCCAAGCCUCAGCAGGUCAAGCCUCAGCAGGCCAUGCAAAACAACGGCAUGUAUCAGAACAGCAGGUUCCAAGAUGAGGUGCAACAAGUCAUGUCUCAGCAGUAUAUAUAUCAGCAGAACAUGCGGAAGUAUAAUCCCGGUGGUGGUCAGGCUAGGUCCACGAUGCCCUUGCAGCACUUCAAUCAGCCUUUCCCUUCUAAUCCUUUGGAGAACCAGUGUUCUUUGGCACAAAAGUCCUCUCCCAAUCCAACUGUGGCCUCCGUAAGUAGUCUCGGCUCCGACUCCUCGCCAUCUGACCCCUCCGACUUAUCCGAGUUACUGGAAUUAUCAAAUGAGAAGCUGUUGAGUCGGCUAGAUGAGGCAUUGCUGGACUCAGCUCAUCCUUAUAUAGACCCAAGUCUGGGUUCCGAGGGGGAAGAAGGAAAUUAUGGAGACGCCGCGUUCUAG